AGAUGUUGAGAAUUUUGGCUCUGGUUUGCAUGUACACUGUGGUACAAGGAGUACCCACAUAUGACAUGUUAACACCCUCUCCUGUACCUAAUCCUGAUCUUUGCAAGACUGGCUAUUACCAAGAGCCCCAAGGGGACUGUUGUAGCUAUCGUCAAUGUACUGAAGAUAAAGAAUAUGCCUAUGACAGAAAAUGUAUGGAACCAUUAUACUGGAAUGAUGAGCUGUGUGCCUGUGAUUUCAACUACACUAUGGGAGCCUGUGAUCCUACUAACAAAACCUGUUGGGAUGCACCAGUAACGCCUGAUGAAUGUAUGGCUAACACAGCUGCUGGCGAAUGUUGUUUGAAUGGCAUCACAUAUGAUAACCAUACAGUAGGAUACGGAUAUAAAGUUAUCAAGAACCUUUCUGACCCCAGUGGCCUUUCAUACUCCAUCCCAUCUUGUAACUUUUCUAGCGAAUGCCCAGAAGGACUGAACUUCAGCCAGAAAUUCUGUGCAUGCAAAUAUCCACACACAAACUGUGGUUGCACUGAAUGGACAUUUGAUGACCCAACACCUCUAGUAGAUAUUAACCAAGAUGUGCAGAUGACUCCUGGUAACUGUGAAGCAGGUUCGGGGCAACUAGCUUGUGAAGAUGAUGUUAGUGGAAUAAUUGAUCCUGCAGAAAUCUUCGCCACACAAAAAGCAUUCUUUGGAGAUGAGGCUACAUUCUUUGGUGAAUUUGAUAUUGAUUCUUUCCCUGGAGGAAUUGUGUUUGACAACAAUGGUGACACCCCUGCCACAAUAUCAUUUACAUAUAAUAAUAUAGCUGGUCUUACUGCUACUAUUGAUGGCACAACAUUUGACGUAAAAGCAUUCGAUCCUGCAGUUCGGGUGAGAUUUGUCUUUACCCUGAGAGAUAACCAAACCACCCUAAUUGGAGUAAACAGUAAUGGUUUUACUGAUACAAAGGAUGGAGAAUUUUCUUCCUCCAUUGUUGGUAGCAAGUGCCCAUUCAGACUUGGAGUUGUGAGACCAUCUUAUUAUUAUGAGUUUGGCUACUGCCCUUCUGGAUGGACUAAUGGAGAGGUAAAUGAUUAUCUCAUAGCUGGGAUUGUUCCAGCAAAUGUAUUGAGUACAGACAAGCCAGAGUUUGUGCCAUGGGACUUCUAA